GAAUCCCUUGCACAUGGUAGCUUCCCGUGCAUCGCUGGGGAUUGCUGUUAGGGUACUUUUAUGUAGGAUCGUUUUAGUACUACGGAACACUAGAAGAGAUUAUGUGAAAGGAAGAGAAAUCGUAAACUAGAAGAUGUUAUUGAGUGUUUGAUUCGGGACUACAAUGUUUGGGUGUAUAAACCCUAGUCUUUGUCUCCUAAACCCUAAUCUUCUAGUCUAUAAUAGUUGAUCCCUUAUUCUAGGGUUUGGGCUUCCAUUUUAUAGUUGUAGAUGUCGGCUUCAAGUAAUAGAACUCUUCCAUAAUCGGAAAAAUGGAAGUUUCCCCUUAGGCGGAAAACUUCUAUUUUGCGUCAAGGGUCGGUCCGAUCAAGGGGGUCGGACCUAUGGCAGGGGUCGGUCCCUGGUUUCUUCUUAAGCAAGGGUCCGAAAGUCGAUGGCCUAUCCGGGAGCUGGAGAAAACUUAUGUCUGAAUAUUUUUCCCCAACAUUUUGCCCCUUAUUCUUUGAUUUGCUCGUGGAAAUCAUGGGAUAACAUGUGUUCUUGAGCCUUGGUAGUUUUCUCUUAAGACGAAGUAUUCCUUGGGCACCUUGUCUCCUUGCAGUGGAUCAGGUUGGGACCUUGACUGAUGACUGAAGCAAUGAUUUUAUGAGGCUCUAAAAAUCAUAACUCCCCGGAACAUCCUGAUAUGUGCCUUAACCUGAUGAAGAGAUGAGAUGGGGCGUUCCCCUUCCGGAGAAUCAACGGGUACGAGCCUUGCGUUUCAGACUACUCAAAUGGAGUGGGCUUCGCGAGAAAAGCCCAACGACGGUUGAGUUUCUCCGUUUGGCGCCCAUUUGGCCGCAUGGCGAUUCAUACGAGGCGCGUGGUCAUCACCCUAGGUUUUCUUCCUUCUCUCUUUCAUUUGAUUGAGACCAAGGCUUCUUUUUCUCAUUUCUUCUCUACUUCUCUCAAGAUUUUCUCUCUCAGCGGCUCCCUUCUUCGACGAUUUCUUCUCGCUCUUUGACAGGUAGCCCGUCUUCUCCUUUCUUAUUUCUUUUCCUCUAUUAGAUAAGCCUUCGAUAAUGUCCGACGGUUCCCCUAGCAAAACCCUAGACUCCCCUAUAGAUAGUAGGGUUAGAUCUGAAACCCUAGGCUCGAUGAACUCUUCCUCUCUCUCCCCCGAACCCGUAUCUGUUGCGGAGAGUCCCCAUUCCGACGACAUUGAAAACAUCUCUUCCGGCGAUGAAGCCGAAGGUUCUCUGUUGGUGGGUCCUGUUUCCAGAAUCGGAAAGAGAGAUGUUGAAGAGUGGAGGAGGAAAUACAAUCUUCCUCAAGAUCUAGAGAUUCGAAUUCCGGGUCCUUCCGACAGGAUCUCGGAUUUCAGAGUUGAUGAGGUCCCGAUCUACGAGGCGUACUUUGAGUCGGGCUUUCGAGACCGCAUGCCUUCUCUGAUCGCAAAACUCUCGGAGCACUUGGACAUCUCUCCGGGUCAGCUGACUCCUCCAGCCUGGAGGACCUUGAUUGCGAUCCAGAACCUUGGUCACUUGGAGCGCUUGGUGUUAGGAGUGAACGAGGUGCUCUACUCGUAGUAGUAAAGAUUUGGUUCGAGAGAUCGAGAAAGGCGCAAGGAAGCGUCAUCCAGUCUUUAGUAAUAGAUGGGCAGAGAGAUUCGCCUUCGUAACCCUCCCUGGAUUUUUUCCUAUUUGGCAUGUAGUGGACGUGCCUCGCAAACCCGUGCCAGAAGGGAAGGAUGUUGCUGAUCAGGUCCUCGAUCUUCCUCCGUCACGUCGUCAAGCCUCCUUUCUCACCAGCAAAGAAGUCUUAAGGCAGUGCAGCAUCUGGGGUAACAUGUCGGGAUCCACAGGAGAAAAAGCGAUGGAGGCGUUCAUGCAAGCCGCGGGAAAGCUCUCAGCCAAGAAGCCUGCUGCUAAGGCCACUGUUGGGCCCAAAUAUGGCCCGCUAGCUAAUGGAAAGUAACAAGAAAUGAUAACAGGCCGCGAUAGGUCCAUCACAAAUGCAAUCUCCAAAAACAGCUAAGCUAGAGCCGGAGGCUGUGAGCUAAGGACGUUCAUUAGAGAGGUCGCGGAAAGGAAGCAGCUCGUGGACGUGUAAAUAGGCGCAGGACCCGGUCAAAGGGAGGCUGUUACAAAUCCCUCAAAUCACGGAGGGGAUCACGGUAACCAGUUGGUGGUGAUCAAAUGGGGCCUGAGGCUAUUUAAAGAAGAAGGCAAUCAAGAAAAAGGGCAUUCAAUCCUUAUUCAUUCAACCCUUAUUCCAGACGAUACUCUGAAAGCAUUCUUAUUUUUGUAACAUUCUCAUUGUCUUUGUAAUCAUCAAAGAUCAUCUUCUGUAACAACUCUUUUAUCAAAAUCAUCAAUACAAAUCAAAGUUCAUUCUACAAGUUAUUACGGGAUUCAGUCCACGUUGUCUUUCCCUAACCUUUUCCUAAACCUUAACCUGAUCUAAAUCCAGGAGGUGAGUUUAAUCCCUCACAAUUGGCGCCGUCUGUGGGGAAGAAACAAUCGAAUCCCUUACUCUAACUUGAGGAUGAAUCCUACCGAUCAGACAACGAAUCCGUCUGACCCUAACCUCCCGAUUCAGAGCGAUGGCUCACCGAACGAUGGAGGCUCUAGUCUCGUAACUCCGGAGCCUCGACGUGGCGAUCACCGAUCUGGGCAACAGCCUCCGGCUAGCGCUCGAACCAGCCAGACUGCCACUGGAGUGACUAACCCGAGAUCAUCAGGUGGAACUGCCUCCGGUCUUCCGAUCACCGAGAAUCCUCAGCAGCAAACCGCUCCGAAUCAAACGGAGGCUCAGCUCUCUGAGAUUCGUCAGAUGAUGAUGCAAUUAGUGGACAAAGCUUAGGAAAAUGAGCGUACGAUGCAUCAGCUAGCAGUUCGGCAGCAUUGAUUUGAAGAGAUAACUAGAUCUCUAAACGCAACAACCCAACCACCGCAACGUCAAACUCCGGGGGUCACUUUCCGAGAUCGAUUGACCGAUCCCUCUUUUCCCCGGGGACGUUUAGAAUUUUCUCCUGAUAGCACUGCUCCGGAAGGACGGGGAUCUGCUUUCUAGACACCUCAUGCUGGGACAGCUCCCAAGUUUAACCCACCCAUUACCAGUGCUAUGGGAAGUAACGUAGCGACAACCAGCUCUACGCCCAGUCAGAUCGCUGACCGGAGCACUCGCUUGCCUCCUCCGCCACCUAUUUUUAGGUCAGGAGCAGGAAUAUCCUUCCCAUCCGGGGGCAGAACAUCAGCUUCGGUUUAUCAAACCAGAAGAUCAACCCCGAAUACGGACGGAUAUCAUAGGGCAGACACCGAUAACCCAAGAGCCGGUGAGCGACUUAGUCCACCAAUCGCAUGGGAAGAUGAGCCAACAAAAUUCCGCCAGGAACCUGCUCGUCAGAUACCUAAUAAUGACCCAAAUGUCCAUCCUUUAGAGGGACCUGACGCCGUUCGCAGAUAUAUGGAACAAACUCACGCAGCUCUCCGAAAGUUGAAUGCUCAAGUGCAUAAGACAACAAGCUCAGCUCCCGAAAUCGAGAGCUUGAUUGAAGAAACCUGUGGGACUCCAUUCAGUGACAGAAUUGCCAGCUCUUACAUAAGAGAUACCCGAAAAAUUAGAAUUCCUGAGUAUGAUGGGACCUCUGACCCAGAGGCCUAUUUGAGAGCCUUCCGAUUAGCUAUCGUAAAAGCCCAUUUUACGCAGGAAGAAUGUGAAGCAGGUUACUGCAGGACAUUCGCCGAAAACCUGGUUGGAACAGCCCUUGAGUGGUUUUCUGGUCUCGAACCAGCCUCGAUAGACAGUUUCGAUCAGUUAACUAAUGCCUUCAUGAAGCAGUACUCGACCCAUAUCCCGAAGCAAGCCUCUGAGGCCGACCUCUAGAAGGUCAGACAAGGAAUGGGGGACUCGCUACGAGUCUACAUCGAGAAAUUCAGAGCAGUAAGAACUAAGCUCUCGAAUCCCAACGACCAAGUCGCCAUCGAGGCCCUUAGAAGAGGUCUGUGGUAUAAAUCAGAUUUCUGGACGGAGCUAACACUCAAUACUCCUCCAACUAUCGAUGAUGCUCUUCAUAGAGCCACUAGAUAUAUUACUUUGGAGGAAGAGACAACUGCACUGGAUAAACUCCACAAGAAACCUCAGAAUCACUCGAAAGGUGAAUCUUCAGAGGCAAAGGGACCUCAUAAAAAGGGGAACCUCCGAAAUAAUCAGACUCAGGGGGAACACUCCUAUGCAAUCGAGGAGGAUAAGGAAGAAAAACCUGUCGCCGCAGCAAAUAAAACUCCUUGGUCAAAAGGCUUUGAUAAGAACAAACAUUGCUCCUAUCAUAACCGAGAAGGACACUCAACUGAGGAAUAUUGGGACCUCCAACGACAGCUGGCAGCUAAAUUCGCAGCCGGAGAAAUAAAGGUCGUGGACCUUAAAAAGCCACCGCCCUAUCAGAAAAGAGGUCCCAGAGAUACCUCUCCAAAACGCGAAAGGUCACCUGAGAAGGAGACAGAUUCGCCACCUCCAGCUUCCAAGAAAAGAGUCGAUAUGAUUCUUGGAAAAUUCUCCCAAGGAAAAAGCCUACAAAUCGAGGUUCUCUUGAGCAAACCGUCACCUCAAUCGAGCCCCGACUCGAGGGUGGACUGUAUCCUUGGAGGAUCCGACAUAUGUCAAGACUCCGUUAAUUCUAUUAAGAAUCACGUACGGAAGGCUGUGUCCAACACUGGACCUAAGUCUACCAACCCCGAGUCCAAUACUAAGAUUUCCUUCUGGGAGAGUGAGACGUCAAACCUUGACAGACCUCACGACGAUGCCCUGAUCGUGACCCUAAACAUCCCAGGAUACAAGGUGCCUAAACUUAUGAUAAACAUAGGAAGCUCCGUUGACCUUAUUUUCUACAACACCCUGAAAGGGAUGGAAAUAGAUGAUAUCACUCAAAUUACCCUAAGGAGUGAAUUACUCUCAUCAAAAGAGGUCAAGUUAUAGUACUUAGGGAUCGAAUCCACAAUGAGCUAAGGCACACACUAGAUCUAAUAGUUAUGAUUAAGGUAGGCUAACAGUAAAUAAAUUAUAAAGCAGUAAAUGAAAUUGAUAAAACAGUAAAUAAAACAGUAAACAAGAUGAACAAUAUAAUCGUUCAGCUUGGCAAGGAGCUGUUUGAUGGAAGGAUGGUAGCUAGAUCUAGGGCUUCUAUUCAGGAAUGGAGAUUAUAAUCUUUAUAAAUGCUUUAAUAAGUUGCUUGCAUGAUACUAUAGAUCUCAGCCGCUUAACAUAUGUGAAUGAAUCACUGGUUAAAAUAUCUAGAUCUCUGGCCACACCUUUCGCAUGAUGACACAGAAAAAGAGUCGGUCGAUAUCCUUUUGAGAUAUCGAGCGAUACACCUUUCGCAGCGCCGAUCGAUUCACCUGUCGGGAUAUCGAUCGACGGCUUCUAGAUCUGCCUAGGCGCGAGCCGAAUAUGACCACAAGGUCUCAAGGAGGAACUGUCGUUCUUCUCAACGGGAGACAAGCAAGCUCAAAUGGAUAAUUCAAGAUAUCAAAGAUCCUAGUGAUCUAUGUUCUAGUUAGCUAAUCUAGAACAAGUAUAGAGUUCAAUCCACUUGAUGAAUAUCACAACUUAGCAAGUAUAGUUUGGGGCUAAUCCCACAAACCUAUCUGAACCAUAGAUCUAACAGGUGGAUCUAUUCAGACAUGAAGUAUGUCACAGAAAUCAUAGAUGAAUAGAUGAAAAUGCAAUAGAUAAUAUAAAACCAAAAGCAAAGGAGUUCCAGGAGGACUCUCAAGGAGUUCCUCCCUUCUCUCCUAACCAAGAACAAUGAAAAUAAGAUAGCGUAGAAAGCGUAGCCGUCAACAAUGGCUUAGAAAUAACAUAAAUAGGGUUUCUGGUCGUCAAGGGUGUUUUGGUAACUUUGUGGUAACUCCUGGGCUUCAGUCGGUCAUGAAAUAUACUCAGCCCACAUUCUGAUGUCCCUGUCGAUCGACAUGCAGUGUGCUGUGUCGAUCGACAUACAAUCCUCUUCUCGGCAGCCUUCUCUCGCGAGGCAGACUGACCACUCUUCAGUAAAUCGGGUGUAACUUCCGCUACAGGAUGCGGAUUGACCUCAAACUGGUGGCAUUGGAAAGCUAACGCAAAGCUCUAUCUUGUGUCAAACAAUGGGCUAAAUCCUACGGUGGGAAGGUCUCUAUCGACAGAUAAACAUCUGAAGCGUCUGUGCAGUCCUGCACUGCGAAAGACUCCAAAAGGCACCAAAAUCACCAUAUAUCUCCAAAUCGUCCCUGAAUCUGUAAAUACUCUAAAUAGACUUCAAUACAUAAUAAAUAGUAUAUAAAACACUUAUAUACCAUGGGUAAAAAUGGGUAAAAUCCAUGGUAUAUCAACUCCCCCAGACUUACCCUUUUGCUUGUCCUCAAGCAAAACAACCAGGCAGUCUCUCUGAAAGAUGUUUGAAAACAGUAGGGACUCAAAAAAUUUUAAAAACUCAGUCAUCAUCUCUCUAGUAGUGCAAUCCAAAUCAUUAAACAUCAUAACCUUAGAAGCACAUUAUACAAUAUCCUAGUAUAGCAACCAAAUUCCACUAGUUCCACAACUUAACAGAUCCUGUCUGACAAUCCCCUCUACUAACCUCAUUUAUUGCAUAAAAAUAAAAGUGUAGGCUUUACCUUGGGAGUAUCGAUCAAAGGACACAUGGAUUCAUCUCAAACAAGUUUCUGAACACACAGGUAGUCUUCUCUGAUCCCUUUCUCCCCUCAUCUCUCUUCUCUGAAUCUCUUAUUAGUUUCAAUUUCAAUAGGU